AUGGAUCUAGGCAUGGCGUACACACUUCUUCUGCUCAACUUUGUCUUCGCUUGCCAACUUCUUCUUCUUCAACCUCUCGUAUCCGCUUUAGAUGGUCAAUCCGUAGAUGCUGCUGAGUUAUUUGAGAGGGCUUCACAAAGUAUCAAGGUCAAGCGUUUUAGCGAUGCCCUCGAUGAUCUAAAUGCAGCCAUAGAAGUAGACCCUGCACUCUCAGAAGCUUAUUUUAGGCGUGCGUCUGUGCUUCGCCAUUUUUGCAGAUACGAAGACUCUGAAACUAGCUACCUGAAAUAUCUAGAGUCUAGACCAGGAGAUUCGAAUGCUGAGAAAGAGCUCUCUCAGCUUCAUCAAGCUAAGAGUGCUUUGGAGACUGCGUCGACUCUCUACGAAUCGAAAGACAUUGGGAAAGCUCUCGAAUUUCUUGAUAAAGUUGUUCUUGUCUUCUCCCCAGCUUGUUCUAAGGUCCUCUUCUUGAUGGCAAAGCUUCUUAAAGUCAAGCUACUUAUGGUGUCUAAAGACUACUCAGCUGCAAUUUCCGAGACUGGUUAUAUUCUCAAGGAAGAUGAAAAUAACCUUGAAGCUCUUCUCCUUCGUGGCCGUGCCUACUACUAUUUAGCAGAUCACGAUGUUGCCCAAAGACACUAUCAAAAAGGGCUUCGUCUUGAUCCAGAACACAGUGAACUGAAGAAAGCAUACUUCGGAUUGAAAAAACUGCUCAAGAAAACAAAAAGCGCAGAAGAUAAUGCAAACAAAGGAAAAUUGAGAGUUUCAACAGAAGACUAUAAAGAAGCUAUAGCUCUCGACCCUGAACACACUGCACACAACGUUCAUCUCUAUCUUGGACUAUGCAGGGUCUCAGUCAGGCUCGGCCGUGGAAAAGACGGCUUAAAUAGCUGUAAUGAAGCACUUAACAUUGAUCCAGAACUGAUCGAAGCUAUACAUCAGAGAGGAGAAGCUAAAAUGUUGCUAGAAGACUGGGAAGGAGCUGUGGAGGAUUUGAAACAAGCCGCUCAAAACUCUCAGGACAUGGAAAUUCACGAGGCACUUGGUAGAGCAGAGAAAGCACUGAAGAUGAGCAAACGAAAAGAUUGGUAUAAGAUUCUAGGAAUUUCCAAAACCGCCUCAAUCUCUGAAAUCAAACGAGCCUACAAGAAGCUCGCUUUGCAAUGGCAUCCUGAUAAAAACGUCGACAAUAGAGAAGAAGCAGAGAACAAAUUCCGAGAAAUCGCUGCAGCAUAUGAGGUUCUUGGAGAUGACGAUAAGCGGGCUAGAUUUGACAGAGGAGAGGAUCUUGAAGAUAUGGGUGGAGGUGGCGGCCGUGGAGGAUUUGAUCCAUUCGGUGGUGGUGGUGGUGGUGGGUACACUUUCCAUUUCGAGGGCGGUUUUCCCGGUGGUGGUGGCGGCGGUGGUUUUGGCGGUUUUGGUUUCUAA